AAUGAAUUAUAUUACUGUGAUUAUGAAAUAUGCAUUUUUUUUUCCCUCAUAGGUCUCUUCUAUACUUUGUCUGGAAGAGGGCAGCGCAUUGACUUUGGAUGGCUUUUAUCUGAGCUUUCCCCUUAUAUGUGGUGUUGCUUGGGAAUUGGUUUAGCCAUCUCAUUAUCUGUCGUAGGAGCUGCUUUGGGCAUUUAUACUACUGGAGUAAGUAUUGUAGGUGGUGGUGUUAAAGCUCCAAGGAUAAGAACAAAGAAUUUGGUGAGCAUUAUCUUUUGUGAGGCUGUGGCUAUUUAUGGAAUCAUCAUGGCUAUAGUUUUGGUCAAUCAACUCAGAGCAUACAAUCCAAAUGACAAAGCACUGUUGGCUGAUAACUUUAUGUCAGGAUAUGUAAUGUUUGGUGCUGGGGUUACUGUUGGUUUUUGCAACUUCUUCUGUGGUCUGUCAGUUGGAAUAGUAGGUUCUGGAGCAGCCUUGGCUGAUGCUGCUAAUCCCACGUUAUUCGUCAAAAUUCUGAUUGUGGAAAUUUUUGCUAGUGCUAUUGGACUAUUUGGAUUAAUUGUUGCGAUUAUUAUGAAUGCAAAAGUGAAAAUGGGAGAAAAACCAUCAUGAAUUCUUGAUGUGCCGUUACUUUUCCAAUACUCAUUAUUUAUUCAAGUAUAUUAGAUAACCUAGAAAAUUUAAAUGUCAGCAUGUGAUCAUCUGUUGUGUAUUUAUUAUCUCCUGUGAUAUAUAUUGUAGACUCUGGGGAAAAUGUAUCCAUGCAGUUCAUUUCAAUGGGAGAAAAAAAAAUCAACUGAAUUCCAUUUUAUUAUGGUGUAUAAAAUUUCCAUGGCUAUUGUAUUGUGUGAAAAUAUGUCAGUCACAAAAAUAAAUUAUUUAAAUGUCAAGCUAAUUAUUGUUAAA